AUGAAUGCUAAUACACUUCGUUCACCUGAGUGUAGCGUAUGUUUACAACCAUAUGUUAACCCAGUUAAAUUGCCUUGUGGCCAUUCGUUUUGUUUUCUCUGUGUCAAAGGCGUGGCUAAUAUGAGCCAUAAUUGUGCUUUAUGCCGAAAUCCAUUUCCACGUGAAUUAAUCGACAAACCGAAGGUAUUAGCAUUAGAAUUGCGAGAUGAUGAAUCAAUAACAUCAACAACGACCACACUCCGGAAUGUAUGGUACUAUGAAGGUCGUAAUGGUUGGUGGAUGUACGAUCAAAGAACAAAUGAUGAAAUUGAUCAAUUAUUUCGACGUGGUGAGCGACGUGCAGAAAUACUCAUUGUUGGUCAUUUAUAUGUUAUUGAUUUUGAAAAUAUGACUCAAUAUCGUUUAAGUGACACGCAACGUCGACGACGAAUUAAAUAUGAUCUUAUGUCUGCGCCCAAAAAGGGUGUUGCAGGAUUAAAACUUGAUCGACAAAGAAGUACUCCACACAGUUCAGCAGCAAUCGAUGCACCUGUUGUGCCAUCUUUAGCUUCAUCCGUUCCAUCGAUUAUUGGAAAUUCUUCUUCUACGGAUCAUCCUGUUGUAAUUCGAUCUAGAUCGGAUGCCGACGGUGAGGAACCAACAUUAUCUCCUCCCGUAGUUCCACCUGUACCUUCUCCACCAGUCGAUUCUAAUCGAGUAGCAAUACGACUACCAGCCGAUGGCCUUGGUAAUUCAAAUACAACAAUAACUUGGCGGCCAAGUAAUACUAAAGAUGACGCACGUCGUCUAGCAUCAUGGAGCAGUAAUGACGAUGAUGAUGAUGAACUUCCGCCAUCAUCUCGACUCCGACCCGUAAUUAUCGGAGGCGAAGAUAAUACUCAAUCUCAUCGCUCAGAUGACGAAGAUACAUUAUUAACGGAUCUUUCAUUAAAUGCAAAUAAUUAA